AUGGGAACCGCUUUUGGUCCGGAAGGGUGUGUAAUUCUUUACCUGCUCUCCCAGAUCGCCCCAGAUACGCCAGUAUUUAAUUUAGAUACGGGGUACCAAUUCCAGGAAACGCUCGACGUUCGCGAUCAGAUUCGCGAAAAGUUUGGGAUCGACGUCGAACUUCUGAAGCCUGAGCAUACCGUCGAAGAGUAUGAGCAGAUCCAUGGCGGUCCGCUUUAUAAAACCAACCCAACCCAGUGCUGCUUCGAUCGCAAAAUCAAAGUUCUCAAGCGAGGCGCAGCCGGAAAGCAUGCUUGGAUCAGCGCGAUUCGUCGCGAUCAGAGCGAAGACCGCGCGAAGGCGAGCAUCGUCGGUUGGGAUAAAAAGUUCGGAUUGGUGAAGAUCAAUCCACUUGCGAAUCAAACGAAGAGCUGGGUUUGGCGAAUGAUUACCGAGCAUGGCGUUCCUUACAACGCUUUGCACGACCAAGGCUACACCAGCGUCGGCUGCUGGCCAUGCACGCGAGCCGUCCUGGCAGGCGAAGAUGAACGAGCCGGCCGCUGGAGCGGUACGGCCAAAACCGAGUGCGGUUUGCACACGAUGGAAGACGAUAGCCCCAACGCCUAA